GGAGGAGGAAGAAUUGGGAGAUUAACAGGAUUAGGAGGGUUAGGAGGAUUGGGUGCCAUUGGAGGACUUGGUACUCUGGGUGGGCUUCAUAUUAAAGUAGAGCGCUACGGAGAGGGAGAAGAUGCUCAGCUGCACAACUCACAAACUUCUUCAGAGGAGGAGGAUGACGAUGACGAAGAGGAGGAAGACGUCUUGCAAGAUUGCGACAGCGCCAACGCCGGAAACAAGCUCCAGAAGAGGCGGAAAAGGAGGAAAGUGCAGAAAUGGGAUGGACCCCGAAGCAAGAGGCUCCGUCUCUCCUCGAUGUCGCCUAGUCCCAACAAUUUAGGAGAUACUACACCACUUGUUGACCAAUCCCAGACCUCCUCAUCUGCUAACUCCUCCCACCUCCUCACCUCCGCCGGAUCCCCAACAAGUGCAUCGUCCUCAGUCCUGAAGAUCAAGACGGAAAUGGCCGAGCCGAUCAACUUCGACAACGACAGCAGCAUCUGGAACUUCCCGCCCAACAGAGAGAUCUCUAGAAACGAGUCUCCGUACAGCAUGACCUCCAAACCGCCUCCCCCCUCUUCCCAUGAGAACUUCCCCUCACCCCAGGGGGGCAUUCCUGAGUCCGUCCUCACCCCUCCUGGCAACGACGGAGGAUCCGGGGGAGGAGGGAGGAAGCCUCCUUACAACGGGAACUCUGUACCGUCUUCAUCUUCUUCCAGUCUAGCCCCUCCGUCCAGCGCCUCUUCCUCCGACCCCCUAUCACCACCUCUCUCCGCUUCACCUCGGGAUAAACAACAACAUCAAGGCACUCCGACAACCUCUUCUUCCUCAUCCUCUUCCUCCACCACCUCGUCCUCCUCGCUGCUGUACUCUGGUGAUCUCGAGGCGUUACAGCGUCUACAAGCCGGUAACGUCGUGCUCCCGUUGGUCCACAGGGUCACGGGAACUCUUGCCUCGACGAGCACCACCUCUCCACGAGUUUACACCACCGGAACCAUCCGGUACGCGCCCGCGGACGUGACCUUGGCCAUGGCUCAAGGCAACCUCCUCCCAAAUGCUGCCAUGAACUUUGGCGAUGGCUCCGGGUUUGGUUUGGACCCUAAAACGCCGAUGGAGAUGCUUUACCACCACGUUCACCGGCUCAAUAUGUCGGCAGCAGCGGCCGCCGGUGGUCCCUUUAUCGGAUCUCCGACAUCCACGGUUGGAAACGGCGCUCUCGGAGGCCAGAUGCCGACGGCAGCCAACGUUUUCACGACGGCGGAGGGACUUUUCUCAACUCUACCGUUCCCAGUGUACAGCAAUGGGAUCCACACCACACAGACAGCUCUGGAGAGGAAGGAGGAUUAGUAAGAGGCGUUCGAGACCGCAUUACUGUGUUUCUGGAAUCAACAACUGUGACGAAGUUAAAGACUACUCACUCGUAACAAAAGAAAAAAAAGACUUGCGUUUUAUCAGCACUGUGUUCCCGAGGGGAGGAAGGAUGACAGAUGUACUCUAGCACUUUGAAUCUGAGCAACUGAGCUUGUGUAAUAGACAUGAAUGACACUCAAACAUGUCCCCCUUUUCUAACUCUCUCCUCUCUCUCUUUUUGCUCCUGUCUCUUGCGAUCAGCAGCGUUUUUUGCUCUUGAACAAAUGAACAAAGACUAUUCUUCAUUGUAAAGAAUUUCUUUUUUUGCCUACAGAGAAUUCAUAUUGCCUAAGGACUCCGCUGGAGCCUGACGGGGAUCACUUUUAUUAUUUCUCUUGUUUCUGUUGCGUCUUUCUGAAGAUGCUGAUUGUGUGUAUUUAAAGGAGGACGGUGCAGGGAUUUGUAAUGGACAGAAAAGUCUUUGUGGCGCUCCUCCCGAUGUAUCUUGAUGUGAUCAAGGCUUGAAAAGGACAUUUUUUAAACGGAGAAGAGGGAGCUCAGAGAUAAUAAUCUUUUGAAAAAAGGUUUUUGAGGACGUUUCUCGACUGAGGGAAAAGCUAAGAGAAUUAACGCUGUUAUUCUUUUCAUUUCUUCCUUUUUUUUAUAAAAAUAUACUAGCUCAGAUUUAACUCACAAAUCAAGCAUUGUGAAGAAAAACUAAAAAAGCAAUUUCAGCCGGGUAACGACCUGUGAAUUAUCGAAUGUUACUACUUCCUCUUUUAUCCCAGGAGUUUACCUACAGGUCUCGCACCAAACAUAACCUCCUCUACAUCUCCUUCAUCUCACUCUGUCCUCCUCUCUCUUGUCCCGCUGUCUACCGGAUCUUUCCGUCUACAUUUCUUCCUGUCGAUCUUCAGAUUCAUGGUGCUAUCGAGCGUCAGUGACCCUGAUCAGCUGGCUGAUGUGGGAGCUGUAAACGAACCCACAGACUGAUCGUGUGUUUAGUUUUGGAGGGGGAACAAUCCUACUUUUAUUUUCUCUUCUGACCUUCAGGAAAGUCAGAAACACAACAAGAACCUGAGAACCUCUAAAUCCACAACAUCAUCUCCAUGUUUCGUCCUUUGUUUGUCUUAGAACAAAUGUGAUUGGGCCAUGAGGGGCAACCCCGCAUGGCAACAUGGAGGUGAUUGGUUGAAUUUAAUUUGCUACACAGUGUUGUUUUUAUUUUGUAUGUAUCUUCUAACUUAAUCACUAUUGGCACCAUACUCUGCAUGGCAACAUGGAGGUGAUUGGUUGAAUUUAAUUUGCUAUAGUGUCAUUUUUAUUUUGUAUAUGUCUUCUAACUUAAUCACUUUUAAUUCUCAGUGAGACUGAGGCUAAUAUGCUAGUGGCGCUAACUUGAAAAAUGAAUGUUAAAAACCUCGACCGGAUCCUGUUUGAUCGCUGCUUAGUUUGAUUUGUACUACUUUUUUUAGCUUUUUCCCUCCUCCUCCUCCUUCUUCCUUAAAACAGAAUCACCUCCACAAGGUUUUCCUAAACAAUCCACUCUCUUCCAUCUCAUUGCCGGACCCUGUGAUAAAACGACACAUAUCAACAAGGAGAUUGUAUUAAAGAUGUGCAUUUUCAAUCAAACUAUCAAACAAUCAAUCCAAUAACUACAAAAAAAGAUAUGGAUUUUUAGAGGAAGAGAAAAGAAAUCACAUUCCUUUAAACGAUGUUGUCUUUGUCGUUGUUCUUCUGUUCUGUGUUUCCUUCCCCCGUCUACGUUGCCAAAAAAAAAGAAAUCUCACAGUGUUUUUUCAAAGCGCUUUGAUUCUCCUUCAUUUGUAUUUUUUUUUCUUCUACUUUUUGGUAAAAAGAGAACAAAAGAAGAUGAUAAACAAGUAAUAAUUAAAACGGUAAAAAAAAAAUACUGUCACGACAUCCAUCUUUUUAAAAGUCGACAGCCGUCUUUACCAUCCUGUCAUACCUUAUUACCCAGUGUGAUUCAGCCGUAAAACGUGUUACCGAUGUGUUUAGUGUCACUGGCUGUCAAAAAGUCUCUCAUGGCGACUUCUCUCUCUGUGUGUGUUGACUAUAUGCAGUAUAUACUGAGCUACUGUAGCUGUUUUUGUCCUUUGUCUUCUCUGUGCUCUAUCUCUAGUGUGGGGGAUGGGAAAUGGGCGGGGCUUAGACAGAAAGGGGUGGAGUCUACGGGAUGAUUGACACCCCAAAAAUGGCAACCCUCUUUGUCCCCCCGCCCCCUUCUAUCUGCAGUCUUAGUGAAACCAGUGGAGGUUUGUGGAAUUUCGUGUUUGGUGGCCUUUGCAAAAAAACAAAAAAAACUAUUUGUAGAGUCCACCUUUUUUUCCGCUGCUUCCUUUUUGUCUUUGUAAAACCUCUUUUUGUUUUAUGUUUUUUUUUAAAAGGUUUUCUAAUCCUCUCUUUCUCUCUCUGCUAUUGCUUUUUGCUGUUGUGUAGUCUUAUACAAACCUCUUUAUCUUGCUGUCCUUUCUCUCAGAGAUGAAAAAGAUUCUUUAACUAGCUCAAAGGUUUAUGGAGCCAUGUUAUUUGCCGCUAAGGAAUUCUGGGAAUUGUAGUUUCCAGCUCUUGCAUUACAAAGUAUUAAAUAACUAAUACAUAUUUACAUUAUAUAGAAUACAUUAUGAUGACAAAAAGGCCUAAAGUAGCAUUUUGUAGAUUUUAGUCCUGGAAAAAAACCCAUAAAAGCCUCAGUUGUGAAGCAUUUCCCAGAGUUCCUUGGGGCAUCCUGUGUGCAUUGGGUGUAUUUCAUUGGUUCCCACCAAACUUGUUGACUUCCUGCGCAAACUUCUCUCACGGGACAAUAAGUGGUUCAAAGGGGGGGGAGCAAAAAAGAAAACUAUUUCAGGACACGUGAUACAAACCGAUUUUAAAGAUUUGUAAAGAAAUGAAAAGAAGAAAAAAAUAUUUCGCACUAUAAAUCUAUUUUUAUAGGUGUUUUGGAAAACUGAACUGCAUGUUUAGUAAGUUCGUCCGAUGCGUUUCCUGUUAACGACCCCUCGUUUUUUGUUUUUUUUCGGUCUUAUUUGUGUUUUUUAAGUCUGUCAAACGGGGACGUGUUGGAGGCCGGUCGGAAAAAUUAAAGUCUGUCUCGUCAAAACAACGAAAGGCCUCCAACCCCCCCAACAUUCACAUCAGGAAAAACACGAUCCGUAUAUCGUCUGUACUUUCUGUGAAGUCUUGUUACCGCGACUAACACGUCACAAAAAACACGUGUAUGACAUUUAUUUUUCUCUUAAAAAGGGGGAAUGUGAUUGGUCCACUUGAUCUGUCGGCUGAUUGGUGGGUCGUUUGUCGUUGAAUGUUAAAUCCAGUCGUUUAAGGAGCCUUUUGUUUUUCGCGCUCCACUGGAUUUUAGCGUUUUCUACUACUUUGGGCGGUUUUGCGUGAAAACAGGA